UCAGCGUGGUGGUCUAACUAUCGUGAAUGGAACCGACGACGUCAAUACUGUUGGAGCCGAAGACGGCGGCUCAACUCGGAGAUGAAUUCGUUCACGUCGAUGACCAUAGCCACAUCAUAGUGCAUGUGGAUAAGGAGGAGGAAGCACAUAGCGGUUCCGGUUCACUGAUAACCGGCGUCGUUUCGGUCGUUGAUGCUAGUGACGACGAUGACGGUGAUUGUGCGGUGGAGACGACGAAGUUGGAGCUGCCUGAGGAAUACGCAAAAAACGUUAUGGUUCUAACGUGCGAUUCCACAGCGGACGGAGGUUCUUGCGAUGUUUAUGUGAUUGGCACUGCUCAUGUUUCAGAGGAAUCAUGUCGAGAAGUUGAAGCUAUAAUUAGCUUGAUGAAACCAGAGGUUGUCUUCGUGGAGCUGUGUUCAAGUCGGUUGUCUUUUCUCACUCCUCAGGCUUUGAAGAUUCCGACGAUGUUGGAGAUGAUAGACAUGUGGAAGAAGAACCAUAACGCAUUCGGAUUAGCUUACGGAUGGUUUCUUGCAAAGAUCGCCAGCAGGCUUGAUGUUUUACCUGGUCCCGAGUUUGGUGUGGCAUAUGAAGAGGCAGACAAAUAUGGUGGCAAGGUGAUUCUAGGUGAUCGUCCAGUACAGAUCACGUUGAAGAGAACGUGGGCUAAGAUGCCUCUAUGGCACAAAGUAAAGUUUUUGUACGGCUCAGUGUUUCAACCUGUCUUUCUACCCAGACCUGAGGAACUUAAGGAGAUGCUAAAUCCUAUGAACGAUGUGGAUAUGCUGACACUGGUGAUUCAAGAGAUGAGCAAGGAGUUUCCAUCUCUCAUGGAUACACUCGUGCAUGAGAGAGAUAAGUACAUGGCAUGUAUGUUGUCAAGAGUUGCAAGUGAGCAUAGAUCGGUCGUGGCAGUUGUUGGUAGAGGACAUCUUCAAGGGAUCAAGAAGAACUGGAACCAACCUAUAAAGUUGAAGGAUCUGUUGGAGAUACCGAAGAAUGAAUCAAAAUAUACAGUGAAGUAUAUUCUCAAGUCGCUAACGGUUGCUGUCGUCGGGAUAGCCAUAGGUUCCCGCUUAUAUCUUUCCACCAGAAGUUAAGUAAUCUCAAGGCAGAGAGUUUCUCGGGAGGACAGUAAAGUUAGGCUAAAUAAUUGCUGCUAUAGAUUUUCAGUAACUACUGUCAUGAUAUUACUCUCUCCGUUUCAUAUUAAGUGUCAUUUUAGAGAAUUUUUUUCGUUGCAAAAUAAGUGUCGUUUUAGAGUUUCAAUGCAAAAUUUAUUAACUUUAUUCUCCAUUCUAUUUUUCUAUUGGUUGAAUUGUAUCGGUAAUGAUGUUUUUAUAUUGAAAAUAUGCAAAAUUAAAUGCUUUCUUAAUC